UCAUAACAAACAUAAGCCCGAACCGUUUGCUGUGUCAGGGGUAUUCUGCCGAAUAAUAUCUGCUUGUGGGGCGUCUUGGAAAAGUCUGAGUCAUAAAUUGGCGACAUUUAUGCGGUAUUCUUGUGACAGGGUGGCUUGCGGUGUCUUGCAAGGGUGUGCGCGAGAGCAGAUGGAGGCUGAAGGCAGAUGACAAGCUUGAUAUUUUCAUAUUUGUCGAAAGUGGUCAGCCGAUGUGAGGCCGUUUUUCAUCGGUGAAGUGGUCCCAGAGGAUGUUGUGAGUGGAUCCAAGCUCUGCAAAGAUGAGUAUCAACAAGGUGAUAAAGUACUCAGGAUCUCAACCAAUAACCAUCAAGAGGUGGAAAGCCAAAGAAGGGGAUUUUGUGUCUGUUGGUGCGAUCCUGUUCACCUAUGUGCCUGCUCAAGAAGCCACAAAUGCUAACAGGAUAGCAGACGAGCUCAAGUUCAAGAGUGACACAUUUGGCAACCUGGAGAAGAUCACAGUGAAGAGUGGAGAUGUUGUUCAUCCAGGCUUGGAAGUUGCACAGAUGGGUGCCUGCCAGCACCCUGUUGUCAUGAAGGACUUGUGUGCAGAGUGUGGGGCUGACUUAAGAACUGAGGAUAACCAAGGCUCUGCCUCUGUGGCCAUGCUUCAUAGCAUUCCUGAGCUGAGGGUGAGCAAAGAACAGGCUGAGACUAUUGGCAAAAGGGAUACUGAGCUGUUAUUGAAGCACAAAAAGCUUGUGCUGCUGGUGGACUUAGAUCAAACCCUUAUCCAUACCACCAAUGAUGAGAUACCAGCAAACAUCAAGGAUGUCUACCACUUCCAGCUGUAUGGUAGCAAUUCACCAUGGUACCACACAAGGUUUCGUCCUGGCACUCAAACAUUCCUGGAAAAUAUUUCAAAGUAUUACGAGCUGCACAUCUGCACCUUUGGUGCCCGCUUGUAUGCUCACACCAUUGCUGGGUUCCUGGACCCAAAAGGUGUAUACUUCUCCAACCGGAUACUGUCGAGAGAUGAGUGCUUCAACCAACAGAGCAAGAGAGCCAAUCUCAGGGCACUAUUCCCUUGUGGUGACAACAUGGUGUGCAUCAUUGAUGACAGGGAAGAUGUGUGGAACUAUGCACCCAACUUGAUCCAUGUGAAGCCCUACCACUUCUUCAAGCACACAGGAGACAUCAAUGCUCCUCCAGGCCUGGAAAAGGCUGAGCAGGAUGAAAAGGAGGGCUUUGACUUCUCCACCAUCCAGACAGCUCCAGAAAAGGAGGAAACAGAAACAUCAUGUGCAAAUGCAGGGGCCCAAAGGCGAGAUUCCAUGCCAAACCUUACUGAUGAUGAGGAUUCAGAUGAGAAAGUCCUUCCCCAGGUGUCAGACACAGCACUAACUGAGGGACUCACUGAGGACCUCAGCCUGUCUGAAGACGAAAACGAGCCUUCUGACGAUGCCCCCAAAACAGCUGUCAGCGAAGACCCUGCUGCCGAGCUAGUAGCAAGUGACGGGCCGUCCAGCACAAAAGCGGCGACCGCCAAUGACGCAGAGAAGGCGCCCGAGCCGGCCCGGCCAGAAGGCACCUCGGCCAAGCCGGCCCGGCCCGAGGGCAGUUCGGUUGAGGCGGGCUGCGAGUCGGUCCGGCCAGGGGGCAGUUCGGUUGAGGCGGGCUGCGCGUCGGUCCGGCCAGAGGGCAGUUCGGUUGAGGCGGGCUGCGCGUCGGUCCGGCCAGAGGGCAGUUCGGUUGAGGCGGGCGGUGAGCCGGUCCGGCCAGAGAGCAGUGCGGUUGAGGCGGGCGGUGAGUCGGCUCGGCCAGAGGACAUGGAGGCGGGCGGUGAGCCGGCCCGGGCAGAGGGCAGCUCGGGGGAGGCGGGCGGCGGGUCGGCCCGGCCACAGAGCAGUUCGGGGGAGGCGGGCGGCGAGUCACCGGACGGCGGCGGCGGGCGGGGGACAGAGAAGGCUGCCCCUUCGUCCGCCGAAGGCAGCUCCGACUGCGGCGAGUCCAAGCCGGCCGUAGGCGCCUGCAAUAGUGCCACCUCAGACGAGUCUCGCGCCGAGGGCAGCCAGGCCACCAAGUCGGAGCCGACGCCGGUGGCUGAGGGGUGCGUCAACAAUGGUGCCGUGCCAGAGGGCAAGGUGUCGCGUGAGAUCGAGGUGCGUGAUGAAGACGAUUACCUGUUGCAUCUGGAGGACAUCCUGCUUCUCAUCCACCGCGCGUUUUACUCGAUGCUGAAGAAGUGCGACACGCGCGAGCCCCCCGACCUCCGCUUGCUCAUCCCGUACGUGCGGAAGAAGGUACUGAAGGGCGUGCGUCUCGUCUUCAGUGGCGUCGUGCCAAACAAUGUCGAGCUGAGCACCAGUCGACCGUACCAAGUAGCUGUCAACUUGGGCGCCGUGGUGCAGGAGAAGCUCGUGCGCAAGGGCCCGCGCGAUGAGCUCACUACGCACCUCGUGGCCGCACGGCUCGGGACGGCCAAGGUUAACGAGGCGCUGCGCUCCAAGCGCAUCCAGCUGGUGACGCUCGACUGGCUGUGGUCUUGCGCCGAGCGCUGGGAACGCGUCGAAGAGCGGUUGUAUCCGCUUCGCGCCGAGACGGCAGUGAGCCGCGCGCCGCCGGCGCACUGCUCCAGCCCCGACCCGGAGGGCGAGCGGACGCGUCGGCAGAGCUUUCAGGAGACGCUCAACCCGCUGCUGACAUUCUCGCCCGACGACAUCGCGCGCAUGGACGAGGAGGUGGAGGACAUACUGCAGAGCGGCUCCGACGCCGACGAAGACGACGAGCCGGGGCCGGAGGCGGCCGGUGGCUCGUGCGCGCGCGCCGCCAAGCGGCCGGCGCGCGAGGACGAGGACUCGAGCGAGGACGAGUCGCCGAGCGUGAGGUUCCGUCGCGGCGAGCCGCUGCCCAGUGACGACGAGCUGGGCGGCGACGGCAACGACAGUGAUGGCGGCCCUGACCUCGAAGAGGACUGGAGCAUGAUGGGCGCCGAGCUCGAGCGAGAGCUGGGUGGCGAGUGACGCCCGCUGGUGAGCCCGGGACGCUGGUGUGAGCGGGUGCACGAAUGCGUGACGGGGAGGCGUGAUGGAGUGGCUGGGUCUGCAAGCGAGAGGAGGCGACCGCGCGGUACGCCGACUCGAUGCAGAAAAGUGUAGUGUGAUGGGUGGGAGUAUACAGAGAGUGGAUGGGGAGAGGGGAGCUGUCGCUCUGCCGUGAGGGCGGCGGCGGGAACGUCAGGGUGACCGAGUGGCGGUAGGCUGGGGCGCUGCGCGGGAGGGGCCUUCCGUGUUGGGCAUGUCCGUGAUGGACAUGUGUGUGACGUUUGGCGGAGGCGUUGCGGUGGGGGUUUCUGUGCGUGGUGAGGUUCAGGUUUGUGGCAGAGUGGGAGCGUGCCCGUGAAAUAAGGUGGCUGGCCGAGGCGAGGUUCGUGUGGUGCAAACGCUGGCUCGUAUGGUGGUGGAUAGGGUGCGUGUGGUGGGGGCGUGGUUUUGCGAAUGCGAUCCUUCAACACCUCUGUACAACGGUCGCGCCGUCGCGUGGACGGAGCCUUGGCUGGCUAUGUUGGCGUCUGCGUGCCGCUCGCCAGCGCGUGACGGCUGGCCCCCUCCGGUUCGGAGCGGUGCCGGCCCAUGCCACAGUCUUGUCACGUGCCGCAAUAAUUGAAUCGGUCUCGCGCUCGUAGCUGUUACGCCUACCUUCUGUCACGCGAGAGAGCGACCAACCCAAACGAAUCACGAGAGUGGGUGAAUGAUGCAUCUCGGCACGCGGUUCACAUGCCACGCCAGGUGCGUGUGCCCAGUGGUCAGCGCGUCGACUGUUCGUAUUAAUUUUGUAGCGGUGUGUGUAGAUUGCUCGUAGCGGCGUGUUAGCCCGCGGUCACUGGUACGGCUGGUGUUGUUCCCGACACUCUGCCCGCCGGGCACUCUCCGCGUGGUGCGCAUCCUAUUUCAUACAGACUCCAGGUCGCCUUUUUUAGAGUGGAGACCGAUGUGUUUGUAGUUGAUGUGUAAAUACCUGUCGAUUCGUACCUGCAUCACCGUGGGAUGCUCAUCAAUUCGGUGGUUAGUGAUCUCCGGCAAAAUCAUAUGUACAUUCAUCGACUCAGCGCUAGAGAUAGCCCCUGUCUCGCCAUCCUUCUGCGACUCGCUGCACGCCACCUCGGCCCGCCGCGCCCCAAGCUUUGUCCUACGCUCGCCGCCCCCUCCACCGGUCGCCUUUUGUGCAUUUGUCACGCCACAUCGCCGGCUCACGUUGUCAUCCAGCCCAGUUGUGUGUUGCAUUAGUGAUGGUCUUAUGUCGAUGGGUCGCAGGUCGCGGGGGAGCGGCGCAGGUUACCUCGGGUGUCUGGGACCUCAGGAUCCGCGCCCAGGAUAACUGCGCCGCUCCUGGUCUGGUUCAGACUCGCGUCGCUGUUGCGUGUUUUUCUUCCGUUGGCAUAAUCUGGCGGCGAUCCGUUAACUUACGAGCGGGUGAGAUCUCGUGGGGCCCUAGUUCUGGAGACGCAAAUGCCUUCCACAAACGAGAGCGGAUUCGCCGGCACACAGUGCGCUUUUCUCCGCGGUCCUUUUGUGUGUUGCUUCAGCGCAGCGCCGCGAGCGAGCGUCCUUUCAGGGCACGCUGUAUUGCUCCACAAGCACGCGCCAACAUGGAGCACACUCUGUGUCACUUGAAAAUACAUACGUUUUUGUAACGCC